GGCCAAAACGAAAUAAAAUAAUAGUUAAGACAUUAUUCACAUGUCUAUUUGGCAUGAAACUUUUACAAGUGAUUUUACAUGUAAAUGUAAACAUCCAUGUCAAAUUUAACAACUUUUUUGAUGGAUUUAAAAUUCCGCCAAAAAAAGUGAUGGUACCCCUUCGGGCUCGAGGGAAAAACUAAAAAAAUAAAAAUUUAGACAUUAUUGACAUGUUUUUUUUCACAUGAAACUUUUACAAAGUAUUUUACGUGAAAAAAAAACAUCCAUUUCAAAUUCGGCAUCUCUUUUGAGGAAUUUAGAAUUUGGCCAAAAAAUGCGAUGGACCCCUAGAGCUCGAGGCCAAAACCAAAUAAAAUAAUAGUUAAGAUAUUAUUCACAUGUCUAUUUGGCAUGAAAGUUUUACAAUUGAUUUUACAUGUAAAUGGAAACAUCCAUGACAAAUUUUACAACUUUUUUGAUGGAUUUAAAAUUCCGCCAAAAAAAGUGAUGGUACCCCUUCGGGCUCGAGGGAAAAACUAAAAAAAUAAAAAUUUAGACAUUAUUGACAUAUUUUUUUUGACAUGAAACUUUUACAAAUUAUAUUACGUGAAAACAAAAACAUCCAUUACAAAUUCGGCAUCUUUUUUGAUGAAUUUAAAAUUUGGCCAAAAAACGCGAUGGUAACCCUAGAGCUCGAGGCCAAAACUAAAUAAAAUAAUAGUUAAGACAUUAUUCACAUGUCUAAUUGGCAUGAAACUUUUACAAGUGAUUUUACAUGUAAAUGGAAACGUCCAUGUCAAAUUUCGCAACUUUUUUUAUGCAUUUAAAAUUUCGCCAAAAAAUGUGAUGGUACCCCUUCAAGCUCGAGGGAAAAACUAAAAAAAUAAAAAUUUAGACAUUUUUGACAUGUUUUUUUUGACAUGAAACUUUUACAAAGUAUUUUACGUAAAAAAAAACAUCCAUUUCAAAUUCGGCAUCUUUUUUGAUGAAUUUAGAAUUUGGCAAAAAAACACGAUGGUAUCCCUAGAGCUCGAGGCCAAAACCAAAUAAAAUAAUAGUUAAGACAUUAUUCACAUGUCUGUUUGGCAUGAAACUUUUACAAUUGAUUUUACAUGCUUUCUCUCUCUAGCCAUGGCGAGGAGAGGAAGACCGAAGAAUAACCCUAGAAUUACACAGGAAAAACUGAAUCCAAUGCCCGAAAAGGCAAAUGAAGCUUGCUCAUCUCAUGAUCUUGGAAGGAAAUCAGAGGAACAGAUCAAUGAAGUGAAGGAGGAUGACCCACAAAGCAACCUUGAAAUGGAGGAAGGUAAACCUAAAUCCUACGCCGAAGUAGUUGGAGAUAAGGAUGAAAUGGAAUGCGCUUUGAACCUCAUUGGGAAACCACUAAGGGCAGACAAAUCUACUGUACAAAAGAGCAAAAUGAGCUAUGCCAGGCUUCAAGUGGAGGUCAGGAUGAAACAAGAGUUCCCAGAGGUCAUCUACUUUGCUAAUGGAAAAGACAGAAUUAUAUCACAAAGGGUGAAGUAUGAGUGGUGCCCUAUUGUAUGCUCUCACUGUGAAGGUUUAGGCCAUAAUGAAGAAAAGUGCAGGAAGAAGAUAGCUCCUAGACAGCAAAAGGUAUGGAGGAAAAAACAAACUCAUACUGAAAAACAGAAAGAAGAAACACCUCAGGAGAAGGAAAUAGAGAAUGACAACAAGGAGGAAAUGGUCACCCCAGAAGGCAAUAUUAUCACUCAGGAAUCUGAUCAAGCAGUGCACUGUGAAGUUAGGAAGCUGGGGGAAGACUAUAAAUACUAUAUUACCUUUGUUUAUGGGGCCAAUGAUAAUAUUAACACGAGAAGACUGUGGGAGAUGCUAAAAAACAUAGCUGAUAAUAUGCAAAAGGCCUGGUGUGUUCUUGGGGACUUCAACGCCAUAAUGGGAACUGAAGAUAAAAUUGGAGGACUUCCAGUUAAAGGGGAAGAAACUAAGGAGUUCUGUGACUGCAUUAGAUACUGUGACCUGGAGGAGAUACCAUAUACUGGUGCUAGAUAUACUUGGUCAAAUAAACAAAGUCAUGAAAAAAGAAUAUACUCCAAACUCGAUUGGGCCUUUUCAAAUAUGGAAUGGAUGCUUAGACAUGGAACAAAAACUCUAGUGGGUGAAGAAGGCAUAUCUGACCACUCCCCUCUCAUACUCACAACCAUUGAUAAUAAGCACAGAAGCACCUUCAAAUUUUGUGAGAUGUGGAGUUUGGAUCCUGCUUUUAAUGACAUAGUGAGAUCCCACUGGCAGGUUAAUCAUUUGGAUGGGAAAAUGUACCAACUAAUACAGAACCUGAAGAGCCUGAGGAAGCCUUUGUCUAAACUACAUAGAAAUGGGUUCCAAAGGAUUCAUACCCAAUGUGAGGAAAAUAGAAAAGAGUUGCUGAAUUUUCAGAGGAAAAUGAAGGAGGAUCCCCAAAAUGAACAGCUGAUAGUGAAGGAAAAUCAAGUAAGAAAGGAAUUUAUGAUGAAACUUAAAGCUUCUUACCUUCUUAAGUGCCAACACAUGAAACAGAAGUGGAUUACUGAAAGUGACAGGGACACGGCAUACUUCCAUGCUUGGGUGAAGAAAAGGAAAAUACACAACCAUAUUUCUACCAUACAUGACAGCAAGGGCAAAAGAGUUGAAGGUACAGAUGAUAUAGCUCGGGUUCUACUAGACUAUUUUAAAGAUCUGCUAGGAUUUCAUAGAAGUGUCGAAGUGAUUGAGCCUAAGGUUAUUGAGGAAGGGAAGACACUGAAUAUACAGCAGCAGCUAAUGCUGAUUAAACCUAUAAGCCCUCAACAGAUCAAGGAAAUCAUAUUUGGGAUACCUAGCACAAAGAGUCCAGGUCCAGAUGGAUUUGGAAGUGGUUUCUUCAAAAAGCAAUGGCAUGUGGUGGGAACUUUGGUGACAGAAGCAGUGAUGGAAUUUUUCCAGAAGGACAAAACACUGAAUCAGCUGGCAAACUGGAAUCAAGGGGCAUUUGUGGAGGGCAGGGAACUACUUCAUAAUGUUCUCUUAUGUCAAGAAUUGGCAAGAGGAUAUGGCAGGAAAAACAUCUCCCCUAGAUGUCUCCUGAAGCUGGAUAUUAGGAAAGCUUAUGACUCGGUGAGUUGGGAAGCAGUGAGAGGGAUAUUAACUCAUAUGAAGUUUCCUGAACAGUUUAUCAGAUGGGUGAUGUUUUGUGUAACUACCCCCUCAUAUAGCCUAGUUGUUAAUGGCGAGCCUCAUGGGUAUUUUAAGGGCAAAAAUGGACUCAGACAGGGGGAUCCUAUCUCACCCUUAUUAUUUGUCCUGGUUAUGGAGUACCUAACUCGCCUGUUCAGCUAUUCUACCAAUAUUUCCAAGUUUGGUUAUCAUCCUAUGUGUGCAUCGUUGAAGGUGGUAAACCUAAUUUUUGCUGAUGACUUAAUAGUGGGUUGCAAAGCUGAUGUUAAAUCUGUUAAAGUUAUCAUGGAGGUGCUGGAAAGAUUCAACAAGUGUACAGGGCUUCAAAUUAACAAGGAGAAAUCUUCUAUUGUGUUUGGAGGCUGCAAGGAGGAUCUGGAAAAGAAGAUUAUGAGCAUCACUCAGAUGAAUAAAGGAGAACUUCCUUUUACAUACCUGGGUUGCCCCAUCUCAUCAUCAAGGUUAUCUAUUCAGGACUGUGACAAGCUGGUUGAGAAAAUUUGUUCCAAAAUAACUACGUGGAGCUCCAAGCACCUUACAUAUGCAGGUAGGGUUAGGCUAAUUAAUACUGUGCUCAUGGGGAUAGUAACCUUCUGGGCUAGAAUUUUCGUAAUCCCAUCUAAGGUGAUGAAGACUAUCCAAGCAAUAUGCAGAAAUUUUCUCUGGAACUCAAAAGCAGAAUACAGUAAGGUCCCAUUAGUGAGCUGGGAAGAAACUUGUCUUCCUAAGAGGUGCGGAGGACUAGGGUUGAGGAACAUGGUUCUAUGGAACAAAGCUUCAAUCAUGAAACUGAAUUGGGAUAUCCACAAUAAGAAGGAUAUACUUUGGGUGCAAUGCAUUCACACAAGAUACAUCAAAAAUGACAACUACUGGGAGUACACCCCUAGGCCUAACUGCUGUAACUAUUGGACUCAAAUGAUGAAAGUCAGGAAUCUGUUUGCCAGCAUGCCUAGAGGGGUAAGGUAUACAACUCAACAGGGUUAUGAAUGGCUUCUAGGCGAACAUCCCAAACCAAUAUGGACAGACUGGGUUUGGAACAGGGAAACACUGCCAAAGUGCCAGUUUAUAAUGUGGCUAAUUAUGCGUGGGCGUAUACAAACAAAAGUUAGACUGGCGAGAGUUAUGGAGUUGGACACAACAUGUUUCUUUUGCCAAAACGGGGAAGAGGACAUCUCUCAUCUCUUUUGCAGGUGCGAGUUUGCCAAGGAUGUGUUAGGCCAUAUAGCUGAAUGGAUGCAGACAAAACUAGAAGGGGAUGAUAUUGUAGAGAUGGCAAUGGGCAUAAUAAAGAACAACCCCGGGAAGAGAAGGAAGGAAGNUAUACAAACAAAAGUUAGACUGGCGAGAGUUAUGGAGUUGGACACAACAUGUUUCUUUUGCCAAAACGGGGAAGAGGACAUCUCUCAUCUCUUUUGCAGGUGCGAGUUUGCCAAGGAUGUGUUAGGCCAUAUAGCUGAAUGGAUGCAGACAAAACUAGAAGGGGAUGAUAUUGUAGAGAUGGCAAUGGGCAUAAUAAAGAACAACCCCGGGAAGAGAAGGAAGGAAGUGCUAGCUGGUUGGGCCACAGCAUGCUACUAUAUAUGGAGGGCUAGGAAUUGGAAAAGGCAUGAUAAAGAAGUUCAAAUUCAGGAGAUAGUUAGUACCAUUAAAUAUCAUUGUUCUGUGACAUUUAGUAGAUAAAAGGGUGGGUAGAGAAAGUGUUGGAAAAUGAUGUGGGAGUUUGUGUAAUACUAGAUGUGUUUGGUGAUUAUAUAUAUAGCAUUUUCGUUUCAAAAAAAAAAAGAUGUCAUAGGUAGAUUAUUAGUAAAAAGAUAUGAUGUGA